ACGCCAUAACAUUACGCCAUCUUGGUUCGAAAAAGGAAACCAAGGCAUAAACAAGAUCCUUCCGAUUCCCACUAUACGUGGUCUCAUCAGUCGGAUCUUACUAUAUUCAAAGCAAUUACAAUGUCGAAUAUUUGCUUUAUAACGUUUUCUACAAGAUCUAUAUUAAUUUGCCUUAAACCCACCGAAGAAGCAUCAGUGAUGUCAACUUUUGGGUCUGUUUGCUGUUUGAACCCGCCCACAAGUCAAUGCUCCCUUUCAUUUAGGAAGAAAAAUGAAGCAGUUCCAGACUUUCUCAUUACAUGCUCUUAGGACUUUAUUUAAAAAUUAUUAUUGUUCUUCAAAAUGUUAUAGCUAGUCAAAUAAACAGGAUAGGCAUAAUCAAUUGCUCAAAAAAUAGAUCAAGAUUAUUCAAGAUCUAGACUAGACAAAUUUCUGGUGAUAAAUCUAGAUUUAUUUAUAUUUUGUUAAGUCUAGUCGUUAAGUACAAAAGUCCAUAUAUAUUUUGAGUUAAAUCUCAAAGAGUGGUACCUGUAUUACUAGAGUAUACAAUUUGAAUGAAUUCAGUUACUGAAUUAGCCAUGAUGAUUAAUUUGGUCAUUUGGAACAGUUAUUAUGAUGAUGAGUUCAAUAAUUUGAAUAAUAGAAAUGCAUCUAACAAAUAAAAGCCAUCAACAAAUAUAAAACGAAAUGGCAUCGUGGUUGUUUAGACAACUGUAGAAUAAACAUAAAUUCACUUAAUAAAAGUGAACAAGAAACAUGGGAGAUCCCUUGACAAGAAAAAGUGCAGCUGUUAGCAGAUUGCGCAAUAACCUCAGGAAAAAGAGGGAAGCUUUGGCUGAUCAGUUUGACUUCAAAAUGUACAUAUCAUUUCACUUUAAAGAUGAGAAAAAGAAAAAUGCACUCUUUGAGGUUGCAGAAGUUUUACCUGUGAUGACAAAUAACUAUGAACACAGCAUUUUACAAGGUGUUAAGAAUGAUUCUUACUCUUACGAAAGCUCACGUGAACUGAUUGAGAAGGAUGUUGUUCAGUUUCAUGCUCAUAGAUGGCAACCAAUGAGGAGAGAUGUUAUUGGCUGCACUGGACAAGUGGAUUUUUUCCUGUGGCCUCGUAAUGAUAUUGUAUCUAUUCAGUGCCAUUUAUUUUCCCGGUGGAAGGGAGAAGAAACUCCUUAUAAACUACUUAAUGCAGAGUAUAUAUUUCGCAGUGAUGACUAUGAACGUCAGCUGAUGAGACUGCUGACUGUCCGUGAUAAGAGUGGUCUUAUUGUAACUAAUACAGACCAGUCUGUUUUUCUUUUUGUAGACAAGCAACAUAUGCAGACAACCAAAAACAAAGUUAUGGUGUAUAAGUUGCGCAGUGUUUGUCUUUACAUGCCCCAGGAUCAGUUAAUGAACUGGAAUACUGGCACAAUUGAAGAAUUAGUAGCCAGUCACUUUGUUUAAAUGACUAUGUUGCUGAUAGUUUUCUCUCUCUAGGAUGCAGCAUUCUACGGGGCAACCAGAGAGAGUUUUUUAGUCUGUGAAUAGUUGUACACUUUGAAUGUUUUAAUUUUUUUUUGUUACAGAUGUAUUAUUAACUAACUUUAAUAACAAACUCUAAAAUUAGAGUUGAUGAUGGAAUUCAAUGUAUAACACUAAAUGAUGAAAAAAUCUAUUGUACAUUUCAAUGAUUAAUUAGCUUUCAUUUAAAGAAGCUAGAACAGAAAUCAUCUUCUUUACAUAUGAUCAUUGAAAUUUAAUUAUUUUUUUUUUUUAGCUACAUUUUAAAAUUCAUGAUAAAUCUUUUUCCAUAUUGAUCGCAACUGUUCUAUUUUGCAAUGUCAACAUAUACACAAGAGAAUGAGUUUAUCUUUGCUGGAAGUUGGCAAUAUUUUGUUAAAAAUUAAAGUUUACAUUGAAGAGCAAAACUGUCAUCAUUGUUAGACCUGCUCUGUGUGUACAGAGAUAUAAAAUAUUCUCUUGAAAUUACUCAAGCUGUCCUUCAAGAAUACCCAUUUUUUGUUUCUCCUAAUUUCUAUCCAGUGCUGAGAAGUUGUCUUAGCUCCUUAUGAUAGCAUUGAAAAUGUGAUUGUUUUGUUGUGCAUCCUACCAUUUCAAACAAAAAAAAAAGAUUAGUUCUGACUUAUCUAUAGGCAAGACUGGCCUUAUGGCACUGCAACCUAUGUGGUUGCAGUGGGCCCCGCAUUUUCAUAGGCCCCUCGCUAACUAUUUUGGGGUGUCAUUUAAAGAUGGAAAAUGCCAAUUAUGCUUGCGAUUAAAAAAAACUGGCAUAGUCAGCUUUCAUUUAAUAAAAGUGUAAUAAUAAGGCGAAAUUUAACCAAAACAGGAAGUUCCAAUACUUAAUUUACUUUAAUAGUCAAUGACAUAUAAAUAUUGAUCUAAAUCUAACUCGAUCUCUUAAAAAAAUCAAAAGUGAUAUUUUGCUAGUGUAUAGUAAAUCUAAAAGGCAGGUCUCAAUGUUUAUCGGCUUUUUGUUGGAAAACUACGGCUUAUAAAGUUAAUUUGAUUGUGAUUUUGCGCUUAGUAAAGUAUGAAUAAAAUAAAGAUGGAUUUAUUUACUACCAAAAAUCUUAAUUUUCACUUACUAUCCUUAUCCCUACCCAGAAUAGGCCCUGCGCGAUCCGUUUCACAUAGGGCCCUGCAAUCUGUAGGACCGGCCCUGACUAUAGGUGUGAUGAACAAUCAAUGAUGCCAUUAAUACAUAGCCUAUUAUUUUUUUUUUUUAAAUACAUUUUUCUGUCAUGCUUGAAAAGUAUGUGUCUGUGAGUGGUCAUUUUGAAUUAUGCUACUGCCUUGAGAUUUGACAUUGUUAUUUUCUGUCAAUAUUGACAAGAUAGUCAACCGUGCAAACACUGCUGCUAAUUCAAGCUGUUUGUAAGAGACCUAUUACUGCUGCUCUUAAAGCGUUGAGAAUAUUAAAUGCUUGAAACAGUUCAUUCAGAGAUAGUUUUCUAUUUAUUUAUUCUUUACACUUUACCCUGAAUCACUUUGAUGCUUUGUUUAAAAAAAUCAUUUUUGAACUAAACUAUGUAUGGAUUUGAAGUUGAAAUGUUUCUUUUUUUGUUUCAGUCAAAUUUGGUUGAAAUAUGUUUUAGAUUUCUCCUUGAUUGUCUUUGCAGUUAACUUGGUUUCAUUUAUAUAUUGUCUUGGGUUUCAUUUAUAUACAGAUGAAAUCAAUGCACUUUGUAAUGAUAUCCCUGGGGAAGGUUCAGAAAAUUGGCUAAACAGAUUUGUGUCCAUAAAGAAAAUAGUUAAAAGGGGGUUACUUUCUAACUUAAAAUUUUUGUUUAACAAAAUUGGUAAUUUAAACUUAUUGAAAGUAAUUUAUUAAAAUUUUUUCAAUAUAUUUUUUUCAAUAAAAAAAUAUGUAUGCAGAUAUUUACUAUAAUCAGAUUCACAUAUUGUUUUUGUGUUCAUUUAAUUGUAUUUUAUUUCCUAAUUUUAAUUUUUUUUAAUUUUUUUUUUACCUCAAAUUGAUUUAAUGUCACAAAAGACACUAACAUACUAUCACUAUUUCUUGAUUAUAAGAGUUAAGUUUCAAUUUUUAGGUAAACAAUCACACCCCUCAAAUCUUCUGGUAGAGAUAAGUUUAGAAAUAAAGAUAGAAUGGUUUUGUGUCUGGGUACCGGUAUGAAUGUUUUUUGUGUGUUAUGUUGAGAACUAAAAACUAUUGUUAUACAACCCAUUCCUUACUCACCCAUGCCAUAUAUACCUUUUAAUUUCUGAUUAUUUUUUUUUCUUUAUUUCCAUGCCUUGAAAUUCUUGUCUCGCGAUAUAUUUGAACAAACUCACAAAGUCUUGCAUUUUACUUAGCACAACUAAUGAAAAAAAAAAUCUUUAAUUGAUGGGUGACAUUCCUACCAAGGAAAAAAGGAAUAAAUGAUUACCUUUAAUGUGGAUAAGUCUUCAGUCAAAAUGUAGUUUUAGAAAGUGUUAAAGUGAAAAUAAUGUCUUUAGUUUAAAAUUUACUUACAUAAAUUUUUGUUUUUAUUUUCAUCUUUUUCCUUACAAUUAUAUUUGAGUAACUUUUUUUUCACCAAUAAAAAAAAGAUAGAGAUUAAAAACAACAACUUUCUUGUGAGACCCAUAACCAACUGAAUGAACAACCACUUUUUACUUUCUCAAGCUCAGGUAAACAGAUUUGGGUUAACUCGACUUGCGAUUUCAAGAAAAUAAGGAAAAAAUGUUUUUUCAUUCAAUAAAUCUUCUCUCUCUUUUGCCUCUGAGAUUUUAGUAACAUUGAUAGCUUUUUUCUUUCUGUUCAGUCUAUUAUCUAAAAUAGAUAAUUUGUGAAACAAUUUUAACUUAUUUACAGUAUCUGUACAAGAAAUGGUAACCCACCAAUCAUUAUUCCCAGUGCUUCCCAGUUUUAUAUAUACUGUUUGGAAAGCUUGUUUGUAAAUUUGUUUACUGUUAAAUAUUUCUUUAUGCAAUUUGUAUUUAUGCCUCUUCCUUUGGUUUGGUCUGUAUUUAAAUAUUUUACAAUGGUUUAUAUUUUUAAAGUUUGGCAUUGCCAGAAAAUGUUUGAAAGUUCUUUUUUUUUUUUUUGCUUUAGAUAAAAGAUUAAUAAUUUUAUUUUAUCAACCUUUUUCCCAUGAAAAAAAAAAUGAAUAAACUCAUUAACAAAUUA